AGGGAAGCACUGGGAGAAAACAAAGCGCCGGGCGACGCGGAGCGUAAUAUUUUUUUUCCCAAAAAAUAAAAAAUGACUGCUGGGUCUUCGGAAGAAGAGAAAGCAGACCCAGAAUUAGUGGAAAAGAUAAUUCACACAUUAAAGUCAAAGGGAUGUUUUGAUCAGUUCAGAAAAGAAUUUAUUGCAGAGGCUGACACAAAGCCUGCAUAUCACAAUCUACAACAGAGAGUAGAAUCAUAUGUAUCAAGAUUUCUUAGCCAACAAAAAUGGAGUCCAACACUAAACAAAAAUCAACUGAGAGAGAAUCUUCGCAGACAGAUAAAUCAGUCUGGUAUGUUAAACAAAGGAGUGGAGAGGAUUGUGGAGCAAACAAUCAACCCAAAGAUCAUGCAGCUUAUAAAGCCAAAGACAGAUGAGGUGACAUGUGAACACCUUAACAUUAGUCUUACCGAACAUAAGAAUGCUCUGAAGAGAAAGCAACAAGAACAGCAGGAGAAAUUGAUGAAAUCACCUGAUUCUGCCAGCAUUCAGAGUCUUCUGAAUAUUAAUUUUAACUCACCACCACCAGCUACUAAUGCUGGUCCGUUUGCCAACACAAGUUCACCUGCUAUGUUACCUGGACAGUAUAACUCAGGACCUCCUCCUGCAGCUGGCAUGCUUGGACCAACACCCACACCAGCACCAGGCCAAUUUCCUCCUCAGCUUCAAGGUUACAGCGGUGCCAACCCAGCUGGACUAACUUUUCCAGGGAUCAGUCAACAAAAUUUUCCUUUUUUACCGCAUGGUUGGAAUGCUUCAUUAAAUGCUGGAUUUCCGCCAAUUUUCCCAGGCCAUCCUUUUCAAACUUUUGGCAUCCCCCCUCCAGGAAUAGCAAUGACUGUGCCCCCUCCAGCUGCAGGAGGCCUCAUGAUACCCCCAGUGAGCAGUGCAGUAAUCACAAGCUCUGCACAAGCACUUAAACCAUCUCCUAUAAAGGGAAUCAAAGGUCUUAAUGCCCUCCUUGGUCUACCAACACCAUCAGAAGAACCUGCUCCGCCGGGAACCGUCGUCCUCCCAGAUGGUACCCAGGUUCUGAAAAAGAGACCAGCGUCUGAUAUCAGUUUGGCAGAAGAUUCUAAAGAUGGUUUAUACACUGAUGCUACAGGGAAUGUUGACUCUGAGAAAGCUUUGGCAGAGAAAGCUGUCAAUGAACAGAUUCAGAAAGCAAUGCAUGAGCAGAUGGUAGCUAUUGGUGAGCUAGAUGGUGAGCUUGGGGAUCAGACUGGUGAAGGCAAGAGGCAAUACAGGUUUGCCUGGGAUGAAGAUAUACAGGAAGUUGACCUUGAGGAUUCUGUCGGGUCAAGUGACAUUAGUUCUGUGCACACAAGUGAUCUGUCCCAUUUUGAGGACAGUGAGAACAGUUCAGAUAGUGACCUUGAAGAUCUGGAGAAUAAACUACAACAGUUGAAGGAGAAACAUAAAGAAGAGUCAAACAUUGAUCAUGGUUCAGAAGCUGUUAAGGAGUCAGUGGAAGCCCAAGUAGAAAUGAUGGAUACAGGGACUGCUGAAACACCAUCAGAAAUUGCUCCAACAGAAUCUGCACUCAUCAAAUCUCAAAUGUUAACACCUACUGAGAGCCAAGUAAUGGAUGAGGGUGCAUUAAAGAAAGAGGUAGCAGAAAAGCCUCGUAAACUAUUGUCGUUACAGUAUAACUACAGCGAUAGUGAAGAUGAAGAGACGCGAGAAGAAAG